AUGGAUGUGGAUUGGGAUUUUUUACCAAUCUAUGAUAUUUAUUAUGAUGAUACUAAAGUCAUUAACAUUGAUAAUGAUGACAAUAAAGUUGUCAUAAAUGACGACCUCAUUGAAAGGAUAAAAGUUGAGUGCAAAGAGAUUAUGAGAGAUCCGUUAUCCGUGGCUGGAAAAAGUUACCGCCUCGGGAUAUGGUUGUCCGGCACUACUAUCUAUGGCACUAUCUUCCGGAUCGAUUUAGGAGAAGAUGAAGAUUAUUUUG